AUGAACCGGCUUUGGAACAUCAGGCGCCCAGAUCCACUGCCAGGUCCCCCAAAGUGGGUCCCCACUCUGGGCAAGCUGCAGAAGACGCUUCAGAAGGGGGAGUACCUGCCCCUCCGCCCGCUGCCCAUGUUCGAGAGUAACUUUGUCCAGGUGACCAAUCAAGGGGCCCCCGUGUACGUGCACCACAAAACCAACCGUCUGACUAUGGGUGUGGCCGCCUCCCUGCCAGGCCUGGUGCUGCCAGACCUCCUGCUGAUUGCUCAGCCCCCUGAGGGCAGGGACUGCUCCAACCUUGUCCUCACCAGGAUGAUCCCGCUGGAUCUGGUCCACCUGUAUGUCCACAACCUGUCUGCCUGGCGCCUGAAGCUGCGCCUGAUCACAGGCCGCUACUACUACCUGGAGCUGGAUGCCCCUGCUGGCGAGCUCGCCUUCUUGUUUGACCGCUGGAUCCGGCUUAUCAACCUGCUCCAGGAGCCGGCCACCACCUGGGCCCCCAGGACCCUGCAUACACCCCCCACAGACCUGGCCCUAAUGGCACCUCCUGCCUCCACCUGGCGCCUCCAGGACCAGUCCCAUACCAGACGUUCAGACAUGACUGUUGAUCCCACCUUUCCUUACAAGACGCUGACAUCUCAGAAACAGAAGAAGGCAAAGACCUUCAAGCACAGAUUUAAGUCCCAGGCCGUGGGCGACUCCCUGCCUCUCAUCUGGUCACAGCUGGAGCAUGCCGACACUAGAAAGAAAUCGACAGAAAAAAAGUCCCACCCCGACCGCUGCCUUCACAGCUGUCAGACCAAAAUCCAAGUUCCUGAGAAGCCCAGCAUCACCAUCCGGACCAUCUUUAGCAUCAUUUCCAGCACCAUCAACCAAAUGCCGUCCUCUUCCAAGGAUGGCACGUGUGAAUCUGACAGAGCAGUGGUCCUAGGUGGCUUAAUUGAGACCCCUUCACAAUGUAUCUCAGAGGACAGCCAUAUUUCCUUGCUGGGCUCCUUCAAUCACUUCGAUACAUACCUGUCACAACAGGACAUGGAAGACCAGAUAGAUUCCAAAUCUAGCACCUUGUCCUCCAGCUCCCCCAACCAGGCCACCUGCUCUUCCAACUUCAACCUGCCUGCCUCCUACUCUUCCAUCCCCAGGCACAACAAAAAGGACAGACCCCUGGGCUCUGUGCAGAGGCUGCGGCCUCCACCCUCCCAGAAGACCCCCUCCAUUCCUGCCACCUCUUGGAAGGCUCCAUUCAUCCUUGACCAGGCCCAGAAGGUCUCUGCUGUAUGUGCUCCAUCCCAAAAGGACCCAGCUGGACCUACUGCUCCCCAGAAGACCCAAAUUGUAGCUUCUGUUCCUCAGAAAGCCCCUGCCAUACCUGGCCCAUCUUGGAAGGACCUACCUGUAUCAGUUAUUUCCCACAAGACCUCAGCUGUACCUGCCCCAUCUCAGAAGGCUGCUGCUAUACCUGGGCCAUCCCAGAAGACCCCACGUGUACUGGCUAUUCCCCAGAAGGCCCCAGCAAUACCUGCCCCUUCUCAGAAGGCCCCAUCUGCACUUGCUAUUCCCCCAAAGGCCGUGUCCACCCCUACCUCAAACCAUAAAUUUCUGUUCCUACCUACACCAUACCAGAAGGCUCCAACCUCACCCACACAAUACCAGAUGACAUUGGACCCUGCCGAUUUUGGCAUGUUGUCCAUGGGCAGUCAUGGUGGGAAUGUGCUUGAGAAAAGUCAGCUUGAAGGGAAGCCAGAGUCGGUGGGCCUAAUGGGCACCCAGGAGAAAAAGGUCAGGGAGAUGAGGGCCCAGAAAAUGUCCCUGGAGUUUCCUUUCACCACCACCAGGGAGGUGAAGGAGGUUGCAAUCAGCAAAGCCCGGGAGAUCACCCUGGAUGGCUUAAAGGGCAAGAGUAAGUUGGAGGACAACGUCCAAAGGAUGAAGGAGGAGAAAUCUGGGGACUGGCCUGGCUUCAAGUCCAAGGAGGUGGGGCAGCAGAAGAAAUGGGUCGAGACCCAGGAGUUGGCCAUGGAGGGAGCACAGCAGGAGCACAGCAGGCCCUUCUCCGUGGAGGGGCUCACCUUCGCCAAGUUGAUGAUCAUGGCCAACUCCAAGCAGCCGCCCUUGAGACCGGAACUCGUCAGUCUGCCGCCCUGGUUCUUGACCCCUCUGGGGUCUGCCACGUCAAGGAUGGGCGCGGAACCCCUCAGACCCAGCCAGGUGUUGGAGGGAUCACCGGUGGUGGUCAGGGAGCAGCCCUGGUUGGGCCCCUGGGCAAAGGGGAGCACGAGUCUGUGGGUGGAAGAGACCUCGCAUCCGUGGGCAGAGGUAGAGGUGGAGGAGCUGCCCUCAGACCAGAGGGGGCCUUCCAAAGUGCCCCCCCACUACCAGUGUGUCCCCAGCAGCCCAAAGAUGGACAGAGCCUCUCAGGCCCCUAUCCCUUUACCUGCAACAAGGUGGGAGGAUGUAAUCCAAUCGCCCAUCUUGCUGACUCCCAUCUCAAAGAUGGAGGCCAGGGUGUCCCAAAAGCCCAAGAGAGAAUCUCAAGAGUCCGUGGGAAUGCUGGGCCAGCGUCCCCUGGCCAUGACGGGGUCAUCCUUGGAGAUUCUCAAGCCCAAGCUCUUGGAAAUUGAGAGUAUGAGGGACAUGGCCAACAAGGUAGAGAAGACAAAGAAGGAACUGGGUGUCUUCAUGCCUUCGCGCAGGUACUUAGGGAGACAGGACCUCUGGAGUUAUCAGCAAUGA